AUGCUCCCUUCUAAGACUCACUUCUCUAUUGUCAAUCAGGAUAUGACAAGUGAAUACUCGACAGAUUCUCCUAGCAUGGGGAAGCUCGAAUUUCGCAGCGCGACAACACUUUCUCGUCCGUUCUCACCACCACCCCCAGAUAACCCGUGGGACUUGGAUGUAGGGAUUACACCCCCUGCCUCGGCCUACUACCAGGGAUCGCCAGGUCUCGAUACAUCCGAGGUUAAGGAAUUGAUUUCGCAUGUAAAUAUAUCGGAGCACCUACUGUCUUUGAAUACGUCCCAACAUGGUUACAGUAAGGACGCCAGCGCUGGCCCUCCAACGCCAAAGGAUUCUAAGCAUCCGCAGGUUCGACAUGAUGAGAUCCAGUCACCUUCUCCACAUGAACUAAAUGAGGGCUUUUACUCUAUGCAUUUCGCCAAGUUUAUGAGAGUCAACAACAGACUGAUUGAGGAACAACAGACCGUCUCCGCGAAACGAUCAAAAGUACGCGAGCUACGACAGGCCCUAAGGUUCAAACGAGAAGAGGAAGCAAUUCUUCGAGCGACUUUAAUGAAGAAGCUCAACUCACUCUUUGCCCAAAAUGGUCCCCCCCCGGUCCACUCUAUGAUACAGGAUUAUGAACUUUUGCAAUCAGCUACCGAGGCAUACCUGGAUCUGGAAAAUACUUACCAUGAUGCUGAAGAUCAACUGGAGCAACAAGAAUACCAGCUUGUUAAAUCAAUGGAGAAGUUUGCCGCUUUAUCACACAAGCUUCCGUAUGUUACAGCUCAGGAACAUUUGCUUGCAUCCGAAAAGUGUGAUUUGGAAGAAGAAGAAGAAGAUGAUGAUGAUGAUGAUGAUGAUGAUGAAAACUUCUCCAUGCCAAGCACAACACAGGACCUCCCCCAGGGUGUGGUGGAUUAUCUGUCACGCGUAGGAGACGUCCGCAUCCUCCAAGAACACCUGUUAGACUUGGACACCCAAUGGCUUGCCAUCAUGGACAAACAAAAACAACGAGGCCCGCUUGAAAUCCCUCUGGACAGUGAAUCUCUGGAGUUUUUACGCACCUACGAUGAAGAGAGAGAGAAAAUGUUGAAAGACCUGAACAAUGCUCAAUUGGAUGUUAACCAGCUGCGAUCUAUGUGCGAAGAGAAGGGCGUAUUAACUGAUGAAUACGCCAGGGACCUUGAUUUCCUAUACCCCCUAGAUCAAGAAGAAUUCACCGGACAGGAACAUGAUCCACUCAAGCUACCUGCGGACGAGGAUUCCUCAUUCUUCUUCGAGCCAGAGGCGAUGGCACAACUCACCCCGACCCGGUUCAUCAACAAGUGGAUUCUCCAUCAACUGCGCAACUCGUCGGUCGAAAUACAUCGUUUGAAGUCUCGUCCUGAACUCCAAGCCCUAUGGGAUAAAGGUUGUGAUGAUGCAAACAUAAGUCGCUGGGCGCUAAAUGAAUGGUUUAGUGAUGACGCAGGCGUAUCAUCACGACCAACCAGCACUCUCCAUCUGGAUGAAAAUCACAGCCACAUGAAUGAGAGUGUUGUUUCUCCGAAAGAUAGAACAAUAAGAGGCCCUAUUCUUUCAAGAAGCAAUUCCAUGCCGUUCCUCCACCGCGUGGCAUUCAGUCAUUCCCUUCGACAUUCUCAUUCCAUGCCUUGUGGCGCUUGA